GGGUAGUACGAAGUAAAAUUUCAGACUGGCAACACUGUCUGCACUGCUGGCCAGCGAGUAAAUGACAAGUGACAAGAUAACCUGAAAAUUACCAACGUCUAGACGUCAGUGAUUUAUUUUGAUUAAAAUAAUGUCGCGAACGGGGGCGAGACUUGAUGCGAAAAAAGUGGUUGAAUUCAGAGCUCUUCACUCUUACAUACGGCGCACUGGUGACACAGCUUUUGAAAGACUAUGAGAAUGUGGAGGAUGUCAACAAACAGCUAGAAAGGAUGGGAUACAACAUGGGAAUUCGUUUGAUCGAAGAUUUCCUAGCUCGGACUGGUUCCGGAAGAUGUUACGACUUCAGAGAUACGGCAGAGAAAAUACAAAGUGGUUUCAAGAUAUUCUUGGGUAUAACACCGACCAUCACAAAUUGGAGCCCAGCGGGAGAUGCAUUUUCCCUAUGCUUUGAAACCAAUCCGUUGACAGAAUUUGUAGAAUUACCUGAUCAUUGCUUAAACUUGAAAUACUGCAAUAUACUUACCGGUGUACUCAGAGGUGCUUGUGAAAUGGUACAAAUGGAAGUAGCCUCUUGGUUUCUUCAAGAUCAAUUAAAAAAUGAUAGCGUAACAGAGAUACGAGUCAAGUUUGUCAAACGACUAGAAGAUGCCAUUCCAGCAGGAGAGGAUUAAACAUGUAUGUUUCAAUCAAACCUGAUUAAGAUUAGGAUUCAUAUAUUAAUAAUAUAAAGCAAACGGCAGUUGUAUGUUAUAUGUACGCAUUGUUAUAAAACCAUCCAGAAGAUUUAAA